AUGUCAUCACGUCUCCAUAUUUUCCUCCUCGUAGCGGCCUUCAUCAGCCACCAUGGAGCCACCACCGAAGCCGCGGUUGAACCAGUAACCGACAUCAACGGUAAACGUCUCACAUCAGGCACCAAAUACUACAUCUUGCCUGUUGUUCGCGGUCGUGGCGGUGGACUAACCAUGUCCAAACCCGAAAACAAAACCUGUCCGAGAAGCGUCAUCCAAGAACAAUACGAAGUCUCUAACGGCCUGCCGUUGACAUUCUCACCAUCAGACAAAUCAAGAAUCAUCCGUGUUUCAACUGAUCUAAACUUCAAAUUCUCAGCUACUUCGAUCUGGAACUUGGACAAUGUCGACGAGAAGACGAAUCAAUGGUUCAUUGGAACUUGUGGCGUUGAAGGGAACCCGGGACAGUCAACGGUUGGCAACUGGUUCAAGAUUGACAAAUACGAAAGUGAUUACAAGAUCGUGUUUUGUCCAUCUGUCUGCAGCUUCUGCAAAGUCAUGUGUAGAGACGUUGGUGUGUUUGUUCAAGAUGGGAUUAGAAGACUUGUGUUAAGUGAUGUUCCACUAAAAGUUAUGUUCAAAAGAGUAUAG